CGACGAACUUUCUACAAGCCAUUCCGCCAUUACGACUAGGACGACAACUGCCUUCACGAUGCCUCCCAAGGACACAAAGAAAGGUGCUGCCAGCAAAGGCAAAGGCAACAAGCAAGCCAGCGCUGCUGCUAAGGCUGCGUUGAAGGGCGGUCACUCCCACAAGGUCCGUAAGGUCCGUCUGUCGACUACCUUCCACCGACCGAAGACCCUUCAACUCUCCCGUACACCAAAGUACCCACGCAAGUCGAUCCCUCACACUCCUCGUCUCGAUGAGCACAAGGUCAUUAUCCACCCUCUCAACACCGAGAGUGCCAUGAAGAAGAUUGAGGAGAACAACACCCUUGUCUUCAUUGUUGACAUCAAGGCCAACAAGAGACAAAUCAAGGAGGCUCUUAAGAAGCUUUACGACAUCGACACCAUCAAGAUCAACACCCUUGUCCGACCUGAUGGAUCAAAGAAGGCCUUCGCUCGCCUCACCGCUGACGUCGAUGCUCUCGAUAUUGCUGCCACCAGGCUCGCCAUCGUCUAAAUUUGUGGUUCUGACUUUGAUUGGACUGGAGGGAAGGAUUACGAUGCGGUUAUGGGUUUCAUCGGUCAUCAGUAGAUAUCGUGGUUACGAUUCUAGCGGUUGCAACUUGCAUUAAGCCGGCGUCAACGAGAUACAUACCAAUCGAUUCGCACGCAAAAGUGCUUUGAAUCCCAC